AACAGGGACAAGAUCUGAACUUCCUGUUUACAUGUUGCCUGUAUUGGUUGUGUCACCACUAAUGACAUUGCUGCCAAAGGCUUUAAACCGCAAUCUAUGUGAUCGUUCAAGGAAACACCGUAUCCGUUGAUACCAUAUCUUAAUCCAACAAUAUUGCUUAGUGACCGAAAGUGUAGUGUGAGACUUCAAGAAUGGCUUAAGUCAUUGCCACCACCAAGUGUCCAUGUAACACGUCAGUGUGACUCAUGGAAGGAGUACAACACUUAAAAAUUCCACUUGAUGAGAUAAAGUUUGCCACCAACAACUUUAGCGAUGAAAAUUCCAUUGGUAAAGGUGGAUAUGGAAAGGUCUACGCAGCCAAACUCUCCCUAUCCGGGCAGCAGAGAGUCGUUGCUAUAAAGCGGUUAAAUAAAAUCUCCAACCAAGGGGAACCUGAGUUCUUGAUGGAGAUUCAGUUGCUUUCAUGCUAUAAACACAAAAACCUCAUCUCACUUGUUGGGUUCUGUGACGAAAAUAGAGAAAAGAUACUUGUUUAUGAGUACGCAAAACAUGGAAGCCUUGACAAGUAUCUAUCGACACCUGAACUCUCCUGGACGCAACAUCUCCAAAUAAGUAUUGGCGCGGCGCGUGGUUUUAAUUACCUUCAUAAUGAUGUGGGACCCCAACAUAGAGUCCUGCAUCGGGACAUAAAGAGCUCGAACAUUCUUCUAGAUGAGAAUUGGGAAGCAAAAAUAUCUGAUUUUGGAUUAUCGAAAAUAGGCCCUUCAAAUGUUGAAUGUACUUUUCUUCUCACUAGCCCUUGUGGCACCAUUGGUUAUGUCGAUCCGGAAUAUGCAAGAACAGGUAUUUUAACAAAGGAAUCUGACGUGUAUUCCUUCGGUGUGGUGCUAUUUGAAAUCCUGUGCGGUAGGUUAGCGCGUACAAAAAAUCAAGAUAAGAAUUUGCUUCUUCCUACAUUGGCUCGAAAGUGUUAUGAGCAAAACAGAUUAAUCGAUAUCAUCCAUCCAAAUCUCACAACACAAGUGAAGGUAGAUUCGUUGGAGAUGUUCUCAAUGGUUGCAUAUCAGUGCCUAAAAGAAAAUAGAAGUGAACGCCCUACAAUGGGUUGGAUUGUCGAAAAACUUGAGAAAGCAUUGGAACUUCAAGCCGAUAUCAAAGCAGCGAGACUUAUUCGCAUUGGAACAUGGGGAAGACAAAAUGGAGAUUCUCAACAUCACUGGUCGUUUACACUUGAGCAAGAUGAUCAUUUGUCAAAGAUAACAAUAGAUCAUGGAGAUGGUAUACACUCCCUCAUGUUCACUAGUGAAUCGAGAGGUGUUUUACACAUUUCAAACAAGGUUGGUGGUUGGGCCAGUGGAGACAAACUUUCGGAGGUGACAUUUGAUGGAGACGAGGAAAUAAUUGGCAUUGAUGGAACUAUCGGUACUCGAGGCAGCGAUCAAAUAAUUUCAUCACUUUCUUUUAAGACGAACAAGAAGAUCCAUGGCCCUUUUGGUCAAGCUGGAGAUUAUCACUUUUCUGUACCAUGGGAAGAAGGAAGAUUUGUAGGGUUUCAUGGAGUUGCUGGCCCUUACAUUGACAGCAUUGGUGUUUAUGUGAAAGCUUAUGAGGAAGUCGUUAAGGUGGGAACUUGGGGAAAGAGUAAAGCUGAUAGUCUGCAAAGUGGCUGGAGCUUCCAACUUGAAAGAAAUCAUCACUUGAAGAAGAUAACCAUAGAUCAUGGGGAUCAUAUAUAUUCUCUCAUGUUCACAUCGGAACAUAGAGGCUUAUUACACACGUCUAGAUUGGCUGGAGGUUGGAAUGGAGGAGAAGGAGGAGAAACACUUACUGAGGUUACAUUCGAUUGGAAUGAGGAUAUACAUGCAAUCAAUGGAACAAUUGGGUUAUCAAUGGGGCAACAGUAUGCCGGUCAGACAGUCAUAUCAUCAAUAUCAUUCGUGACAAACAAAAAAGUACAUGGACCGUUUGGUCGUGCAAGAGGGACGCCUUUCACCGUACCAUGGGAAGAUUGUUCAUUUGUCGGAUUUUAUGGCUUGGCUGGCUGGUCCGACGACAUUAGGCCUACGUCUUCUCUGGUGAUGUCAGGCGACAUUAGGCAUACUUCUUCCCCGGUGAUCUUAGGCUCAGUUCUUGUCGGCGACCUCGAGCUCACAUGA